CUACCUCUGCCAUUUCCAAUUCGGCAAACUUUAUCGUGGAAAGAUUGUGCGCCAUGAUCGUACACUAACUGUGAUGGUAAAGAUGUGGGAAAUCCUGGAAAAAUAUAACUUCGAACGUGGAGAUAACGAACGCAGACUAAUGGAUGAAAUCAUGUUACUUCGCCACGAAAUGCAUCCAGGCAUGGUAAAGUUGUAUGGAUAUUGCAACGAAAAUCAUAAUUUGGGUGCUGUUUAUGAAUUCAACCCGUUCGACUCGGUUUUUAACCUCAUUCCUAAAGAUGGUUUCACUUGGCUGCAAAGAAUGAAAGUUGCGCUCGGAUUUGCAUCACUCCUCAAAUUUAUGCACGCUCCAAAGUGUUCGUUUUACAAACCUUAUAUAGUCCGUAACCUUGACUGCGCUCAUAUAGUUGUUGACGAGGACUAUAAUCCUAAAUUAUGCGAUUUUGGUUUGAUAACUGGUGGAAUAUUCCCCGAUAGGACAAUAUAUAUAGGCCAUCUUGUACUUGGAAGCUAUGGCUACAUUGAUGUUGAUUCGUUCUAUCAAAGUUCAUCUUCGGAUAAACAAGAUGUGUUUGCAUUUGGGGUUAUACUUCUCAACUUGGUUUCCAAGAGAGUUUACAAUGCAGACGAUACGAUUAGAAGAAAGGAAGUAGAUGUUGUCGAUUGGGCUCUGGAAAAAUAUAAUAAGUUCCUUAAAUUACUCGAUAAAACGAGUGAGAGUGAGUGGAAGAAUAUCAUUUUUUCAGUUGUUGAUCAAAAUAUAGUAGCAGAAUCUGAUUUUGAGGCUGCUGACGAGGAGAAGAUUUCCGAGCUGGUGAUUGACUGUAUUAGAGGAAAACCCGACGAACGACCUACUAUGAAGCAAGUUAUCAAAUCUCUUCUCAAACUUAAAUCCGUCAAGAAAAAUGCCGACUUUCUUGGAGUGACCAAACGCGUACGCACGUGCGCGAAUCCCAAGUCGGCUUAGGUGUAUUAUAAUCUAUUGUUGUUUUAUGGUAUUAUAUAAAUUAUUUAUGAACUGAUAUUUGAUCUAAUCUAAUUUAGUAUUAUAUAUGAAAA